AAAGAAGAAUGGAUAAAGUUUAGAGUCUAUGUCUCAUCGAUCUUAUACUCUAAAUUUGCUAAAUUCCUACCUUCACCUACUGCACGUCUAAAUUGGACAACUAUAUCUGCAUCUAUUUUUUCUGUUGAGUCCUUGGAAAUAACAAGUGGGUUAGAUAUUCGAUCGGGCUUGGAUUUCUUUGUUUUUGUUCACUUAUUUGGUUGUGCUGGCUCUAUUGCAAAGCAAUGGUUUGAAGAGUCUACUGAUACAUUAUUUAAAGGUUGA